ACCUAAUAGGCUUAAGCUCCACUUGCCAUCCACAUCUGUCAGGAUGGGAGCAAAACACAGGCCUGUAAUCCACCAGACUGGGGGCCUUCAGAAUUGUCCCGCUGCUCACUAACAGCAGAGGAUUCCAAACUUAGAACAACAACAGGAUGACAGGUACCACUCCCUCUUCACGUUUGGGCCAAGAAAAUACAGAAAGCUGGUUCCAAGUUUAGGAUAUUGUACCAUGGACUUCAAAGGAUUCUGGCCUGAAAAUUGCCCGGAAGGACUAGUAAGAUUGCCUUUUGUGUCUAUUUCAAAGAUGAUUCUUGGAAAAUUGUGAAGGCUGUGGGUGGAAGAUGACUACAAGCUGAAAUCAUGGGCUGUACACCUUCACACAGUGACAUUGUAAACAGCGUUGCAAAGAGUGGCAUUCAGUUCUUGAAAAAACCCAAAGCCAUUCGGCCAGGAUGUCCAGGUGGCAAUGAAAAGGGUUCCAUCCCUCUGCUGGUUAAAAACUCCACCUGCUAUGACACUGGGGAGGGCCUGGCAGAGGAGCAGCCAAGUUCCAGGAGGAACCAAACCACAGCUAAAGGUCUUUGUCAGCUCAUGAGAGAUCCUACUUCAGGCAAAAGGAAAGAUAUGGAAGGACUAAUCCCAGGAACCAAAACCUCUUCAUCCCAGCCCAACAAAUCACAAAGCCACAUGGCUAAAGACAUUCUGUUCAAGAAACAGGGUUCCCAUGGAUCUCAAGGGGCAGAACUUUCUGGAGAUGAGAGUGAGGAAAGUAGUACCCAAGAUGCUUCCAAAUGGAAAAGGACACCACAAUGCCACAUGUCAAGCACACAGAGCCACUGCCGCCAAACCAUCCACCCUGCUCAUGGGUCUGAAGGCAAAGUGGACUUCCCAGAGCCGCUGGUAAAGGCGCACCAGCACACUUAUGCCUAUCUACACUCCAGCCUCUCCAAAUAUGAAGCAAUUCUGCGCAUCAUCCAUCAGGCCACCCAGACCCGGGAGCUGCUGCAGCCCAUGGUCAGCUUCCUGCUGCUGUGCUUUGAGGAGAUCAGCCAGCUGUUGAGGGAGAUCUCCAAGGAUGGAGAAGUGCUCCUGCAGGAAGUUAGGGAGGAUCUGGCUUGGCCUUUGAAGAAAAGGGAGCCCCAGGAGCAGCCAGACCUCCUGCAACAGCUGCUGCAGUACACAGUCAGCAAGCUGCAGGGGCUCAAUGGCAUGGUGGCCUCGCUCACCAGCAGCUUCCUGGAGGGCUCCAGCAGCUACCUCCACUCCACCGCAACCCACUUGGAAAAUAAGCUGAGCACAAAAAAGAAUGUGGAUGAACACGUCCUGAGGGCUCUAGGGCAGCUAGAGAGCCUGGCGAGUGGCUGUGGCGACCCUGGAGUGCAGGGUCUCCCCUUAUGCUCGGAGGACAGUGGCAUUGGUGCUGACAAUGAGUCCGUGCAGUCGGUGGACAAGCUGGGCAAGCAAACCAGCUGGGACCUUGCACCAGAUCCCAAAGAAUGGAAGUCAGUGACUUUGCCCCACACAGAGGCCAGGCAGUCAGGACACGCCUGGCAACAAAGUUCAUUCUGUAUGGGUUCAGACCGACCCCAGGACUGCCUGUUCUCAGGGGUUCCUAUGGCAAAGGUUCAGCCACAAGCACAGGACAAAGCAAAGAGCCCUUGCCUCUCCAGUACAAGCCCAGAAAAUAUCACCUUCCUGCCUUUGGAGCUGGGGACAAGCACCCCAAGUGAUUCAUUUGGGAUUGGGGUCCCUGUGGAAGCACAUCUUUCCAAAACCUCCAGACUGAUGGAUGCUCCAUCUCUUAGUGACAGCGAGGACAGCAGCUCAGAGGAAGAGGAAGAAGAAAUGAGCAGCAUGAGUGUGUGUGCAUGGCAAGUAAAAUCUCCGGAUUCGAGGCCGCGAUCUUCACCUGCUGACCGGGAAAGCCCAUUUCAGUCCCACUCCAGGAGGCUUAGGAGCCCCCAGGCCCAGGAAAUGAUUCUGAAGAUGAAGAAAGCAAUCAGCGAAAGGAUCAAGUUUGUUCCUGUGCCCUCUGGGCACCAGGACUGGUCGGAGGAGGAGGAGGGGAGAACAGCGGUCCCCCCAAGACCUAGCACGGUCAGUGGCAGCAGGAGGGCCCCCGAAAGGCAGGGGAGGUCCCAGUCAGAGCCGUGUCUCCAGAGUCACGUGGAGGACCCCACCCUUCAGGAGCUGCAAAGGGUCCAGAGGGACCUCAGUCAGAAGCUGGAGGCAUUUUAUGCCCUGGGCACUAAAGGGCAGGGGCAGAGCCAGGAGCAGAUUCCGCAGCCCAGAGCAGCAGCCGGGUGGCCCAAUGGCACCUGCAGGGUCGGUCCAAGCAACACCACCAGCAGGCUCAAGGCAUCCCUCACCAAGAACUUCAGUAUUUUGCCUAGUCAGGACAAGAGCAUCUUGCAGAAAUGUAGUCCCCAUCCUGAGGACAAACAGGGCACAACUGAGAAGCUUCCAGAUGCCACCCUAUCGGGAGAGGUCAGUGAGGCUGCCGGGGCCAAGGACUGGAAUGUCAGGGCCUGUCCCACCAGAACAUCCGUCAAGAAGCUCAUUGAAACUUUCAGUCCCACAGAGAGUCUGAGGAUGCUGGGGGACUCCAAGGACUCUGAGGAAAGUCCCUACCUCAGGAAUAGCAUCAUGCCCCCCAGAUUUCCCAUGUCCAGGGGGCUUGCCCCUUUGUAUCCAAAGCCCCAAAUUUCUCCAGCCUCAGGCAGAGAAUCUCUCAAAAUGGGCAUAGGCUGGAAGCCCUUAGCACCUAUCUUUCCCCCUCUGCCUAAAGCAGAAGCAGCCAAGAGUGAGGAACUCAGCUGUGAAGUGGAGGGGAACCCUGAGCACCUCCCUCCACCACCCCUGGAAGUCCUGAUGGACAAAUCGUUUACUUCUCUGGAGUCCCAAGAAAUCAGCAAGUCCACAGAGAGCUCUCCCGAGGAAACCCAGGAACCAGGGCCGGUUGAGGCAGGCCCCACCAGGAGAACAUGGGCUUCCCCAAAGCUGAGGGCCUCUGUGAGCCCCCCGGACUUGCUGCCCAGCAAGAGCACCGCCAGCCCCACCAAGCCUCGCAGCACAGAACCAGGGAGUAGCAAGAGCAGCUGCCAGCCCAGGAAGCCAGCCCUGGACCUGAGCCACCCACCAGCCACCAGCCGCAGCCCAGAGGUGAAGGGUGGGACUUCGAGUCAGACAGAGAAAGCCACCAGCCUCUACAGGCAGCCCCGGAAGGCAAUUGCCUGGCACCACUCCAGCCCUCCAUCUGGACAGAACAGGACCUCAGAGUCCAGCCUGACCCAGAGGCGCAGCCCCAACAGGAGGAGGUGUCCUGACAGGCUGACGAGGGGGCCACACUCAUGCAGUCAGCCCAGAAGGCCAAGUGUGACAGCCAAGUGUCCAGCCUGACCCAGAGAUGGUGGGCAAACCAAACUCCUACUGAGGCGUCCUGGAAAGGCUUGGAAGGGCCACUGCCCAGCGGGUCUGCUGACUUUUAAACAGUCACCGGUUUCAGUCCCAGAUCCUGCUCUGCCUUGGAGUUCAAAGGUUCACCAGAACUUUAGAACCCACAAUGACAGUAUUUAAUCCUUCAAGUGCUGGCCUUAAUUUGUUGCAUGCUUGAUGGGGUUUUAACUGGGUUCGUUCCAUGAGAUCACUUAAGCCUCACAACAGGGAAUGAAGCAGACAGCAUCCUCUAGUUUUGCGCAUAUGAAAACCGAAGAUGUGGAGAGGAGGCCCCUCUCAAGUGUCUUGCUGAAGGUCAUAGAGCUAAGAAGAUAAUAGAGUGAAAUUUUGCACAGAUGAGUCUGGUGCUAGAAUCUCUCUGCUCUUUUUAUUACGUUCCAUUGCCCAUAGGUAGUGUGUCACUCCAGCUGCCUAAAGCAGACAUGGGUGCACAAAUGAUCGGAAAGCUUUUUUGUUUUAAGAUUAAGUAGUGCCACAGCACUGAAGUCUCCACUGAGAGCUUUGUUUGGACGUGCAUGGCUCCCAAAAUGAGAAGGCUGAGUGAGCUGGGAUUAAAACAUACAGCCCCACCCGCCCUCUGUCCUCUCCUCCUUCCCAAGCUGAGUUUCAAUGUCAUAAACUUAAAGCUGACAGCUCACAAUACCAGCCACACUGACUCUCGGCCUAAGCGCGUUUCAAAUGUUCUCACGGCCCUACGUGUUACGUGCUUCUCGACUGAGUAGGGUGAACCAAACCUCACAAACAGGCACCCCAUUCUCCACAUGCCUUGCGUGCUGGAGCUCAGAAGACAGCGUAGGUAAGGCAAAUACACUUACAUGCCAAUCCCCCCUCGGAGGCUUCUUGGCCAACUUUCUUCCCAGGUCAUCUUGCAGAACUUCUGCUGGAGUCAAAAUCAAAGUGAAAAACAGUUGUUCAUGCCAAAAACCUGCUUCUGCCAAUGAGCUAGAUAUUUGCGGCAGAUCUUGGAAUGUUUCCACUGGAGGCUGUGGCAUGCGUUCUAUUUAGAAAAGAUUUUGCAGUAAUUGAGUGAUUCAAUGCCCGCUCAGUGGGUUGGCAAAAGACAAGGAUUCUUACCCACUGGGGUACAGCUAAGGGACGAUCCUCCAGAUCUGCUGCAAAGCUGAUUUUUUUAAGUUUGGGGAAAUUAUAGACCUCAAACCCAUUCUUUCUAAAAUAGAUUGUGGGCUCAAAAACUUGUUAAACUGAGUCCCUAGGGACUACAGCGCCCUCCCCUAGAGAGAGGCUAUGACUCUGAGUAAAUGAAUCCCACCUCAACUUGUCCAGUUAUUAUUCAAAGGCACUCAAAGAACAGCUGAUGAAACUACCAAGAGGGGCCACAGCCCAUCCCUCUGCUGGAAACGCACAUACCCAGCUAUCUGCUCACGUGUGCUCCUGUUGCCACCUCCAUCUCAGAGCAGUGCUCAGGCAGUGCCCGGGCUGGCUGAUGCUAAAGCCAAGCCACACCCACCUCUGGGUGGACACUUGAGAGCUGCCUGGGCUGCAGGCAAUGCUGGGAAGUCCAGCCAUCCCGGCAGGGCAGGGGCUGAGAUAAGCACAUGAGAAUGAACCAGGUUCAGGUAUCUUGCCCGAUAAAGAUCUGGGCAUUCUCCCUAAACGAUUGGGCAGGCAACCAUUGGGUUACCAUGGGGUGAGCCUUAGGUAGGCUGGGCACUGAGCUGAGUAAGCAGGAGAAACACAAUGUGGGCAGCCUUUGAGGUCUAGCUCACAGGUAAGUGGCUUCAGGUGGGACUGCUCAGAAACCAGACCCUGCCUGGACUAGGAUUUAGGGGCAGGAUUCCUGGAGCUCCAAGGAAACCAAGCUGUUCCCCAGCUGCAGGGAGACUGGAGUGGGAUACAGUGGGUGAAACUGGGGUGCCAUAAGGGGGUGUGACCACAGGAAUCAUAAAAAUUUUAGUUACUGGAACCAGGAUAUGAAGCAGAGCCAGACCAGCGGUGAGGGGAAGCAAGGCUGAGUCUCCAGCCCAGGCCUCCUUCUGUAAAGGGCCUCAUCUUAGAAGUCCAGGGCUGGGUAGAAAGUGGAAAGGGUGGCCGAAUGCCCGCCGCUGUGGCCAUGCAGGCUAGCAGGGAAAGCAGGGAGCCAGCCAGAGGACUACACCACAGAAGGGGUCAGUGUCACGGAGAUCACACAGGACGGUCCAGAAUGAAUGACUGAUGCUUUCCAUGAGCGUGCAUGGCAGAAGGCUGAGACUGGAGGUUGCCCCUGAACAGGCUAGGCUGGUAAGCAGCAAGAAGUGCCCCCCAUCAUGUUACGGGUGGCAGAUGAGGGGUUCAGGGCACCUUGGUUCCUGCCAUCAGCUGGGGAGAUGCCCAUGAUGCCUCCUUGUCCCUCUGGAAGACCUCCACAUUUGCUUGGUGCCAACAUGUGUCAGGACAGGGUGAAGCUCCUGCCAUAGGACCCCACAUGUCAUGUCAUAAGAGCCCCCAGCUGCCACCAGACCUAGGCAGCAGGGACAGUGAGCUGGUGACACCAUUGUGUUACCCAGUGACCCAAGACUACUGGAAUUCCAAGUCAGCUUCCCCCACUCCAGGGAAGACAGGGAGGGGUUGCCAAGGGGCUGGGGGCUGGGGGUCAAUGAGGUCAAAGGCGAAGCAGUGCCAAGCCGGCAUAGGAGCAGGUGGGUCAAAGAUGUGUUUUUGGCUACCAUACCAACUACCAGACUUAGCUCAAAUUACACAUUAGACUUUGUACAAAAGAAAUUAAAUCCACAACGGAACGGUUUCGUGGCAUCUGCUCAGUUUUGCCCCUCCUAGAGACCAGGCCUUCCACAAACUUGAGUCUGCCUUGGAGCACACAUUGCUGGUGGCAGAAGGGGGCAAACCCAGCUGCACAGUCUCAGAUGUGCUGCUCACGCCCGCCCUCUCCCUGCCACCCAAGAAGGGUAUCCUUGCUACGCCAAAUCCACUUCCUUUGCCCAAGGGAGAAGGGAGGACAGUUUUUCUUUGUUCUGCCUUUUGUUUUGGGGUUUUAAAAAAAAAUUCUUAUUAAGCCAAUGGACCCAACUCAUUGAAGACCCAUGAGUCUGCACUUUUUCUUCAUAGAGUUAGAAACCAAGGACCGUUGGGGAUACACACAAGGAGGAACCCACCGCAGAUCAAGCUAAGGGGCGCAUAUCACACCCAUCUUCUUCCUCAGCCAGCUCCACUCUGGAGGAGCACAACCUUCAUCCUCCUGACCGUGGAGGCCCCAGAGCUGUGAAGAGGGAGGUACUGAGCCCAGCCCUUUACCCAGCACUUUAGGGACACUGUAAACAGUUCCACUCCAGGGAAAAAAAACACAAUUUUCUGUUUCCAUCAAAAGGAUUCAUGGAG